AGCUUAGAUGCAGCAGGACUCUUCCACAUAGCAGUGGUGUCUAGCAAACUCUAGCAUGGUCCAGAGUGGUGGCUUCCUCUCAUCUACAGUUUAAGUUUAUAGCUUCAGAAGCAGAAGUGAAAUACCUUGUGCUUUUGACCCAGAGCAGAGGUUUUCUAAAUAAAUUGAAGGGAUCCUCACUGUGUCAUUAUAUCAAACUCAAAGACUCUAAGAGUUUCUUUAGGAUAUUAAUAAAGAAUUUUAAGGGUCCUCGGCAACUUUCCAUUUAUACAUCGUUUUUGCUACAUGGCCUCAUCACCCAGUCCUGUCAGGUCACAUCACUAAACUGCAGAAAUAAUAUACACAAGAGAGAGACCCAUCCAUUACUCAGCUUCGAUAAUUGUCACAGCAGGCCUACUGGUUUCAUCUCCCUACCCAGCAUUCAGUUAUUGUUUGUUUUAGCUGGAGCAUUUGAAAGCAAAUCCAGAACAGGUAUUUCAACUGCCCAAGACAACUUCAUACCUAUAUAAUGUAACAGAAAAAGAGAACAUUAGGCAAACAGAAGUGUGGAGCAUAUUAAGCAAGAUGAACAUCUCUGGAAGCAAUUGUGGAAGCCCUAGUUCUGUAGAUAUAUCUAAUGACUUUAAGGAACUUUGGACAAAACUAAAGGAGUAUCAUGAUAAAGAAGUACAAGGUUUACAAGUAAAAGUAACAAAACUGAAAAAGGAACGAAUUUUAGAUGCACAGAGACUGGAAGAAUUCUUCACCAAAAAUCAACAGCUGAGAGAGCAACAAAAAGUCCUUCAUGAAACCAUUAAAGUUUUAGAAGACCGAUUAAGAGCAGGAUUAUGUGAUCGCUGUGCAGUAACUGAAGAGCAUAUGCGAAAAAAGCAGCAAGAGUUUGAAAAUAUCCGGCAGCAGAAUCUUAAACUUAUCACAGAGCUUAUGAAUGAAAAGAAUACUCUCCAGGAAGAAAAUAAAAAGCUUUCUGAACAGCUACAGCAGAAAAUUGAGACCGACCAACAGCAUCAAGCAGCAGAUCUUGAAUCUGAGGAAAAUUUUAUUCCGGAUUCACCAAUAACAGCCUUUUCCUUUUCUGGCAUUAAUCGGCUACGAAGAAAGGAGAACCUCCAUGUCCGAUACAUAGAACACACACACACUGAGCUGGGGCAGUCUGUGUGUACAAACGAACUGAGAAAACCUCCAAAGUCUUCAAUUCAUCCACAACAUAAACCUAAUGAAAGUGAAAUUCUAGUGGCUGACACUUGUGAUCAGAGUCAAUCCACAGUGUCUAAAACACAUGGAACAAACCGUUGUCCUACUGAUAAGGCAUCUUUUAAUUUGGCUACAGUUGUUGCUGAAACACUUGGACUUAGUGUUCAAGAAGAAUCUGAAUCUCAGGGUCCCACAAGCCCUCUUGGUGAUGAACUCUAUCACUGUCUAGAAGAUCACAAGAAACAACCUUUUGAGGAAUCUGUAAGAAACAAUGAAGAUACUUUAAGAUUUUCAGAUUCUAAUUCAAAGACUCCUCAAGAAGAAUUGACUACUCGGGUAUCAUCUCCUGUAUUUGGAGCUACCUCUAACGUGAAACGUAGUUUAGGUUUGAAUACAAGUUUGUCCCCUUCUCUCUUAGAGACUGGGAAAAAAAACCUUCUGAAAACAGCACCCUUCAACAACACUUCUAAUUCCAGACCAGAGAAAACUAGAUCAAAAUCUGAAGAAAAUAGUGCCUUUUACACACAGCAUAAUCUUGGAUCUGAAGUGAACAAGAUCAUUAGCCUGUCAUCUUCAAAUAAACAGAUGCUUCUAAAUAAAAAUAUAAGUGAUUCCAAAAGUGAACAGAAUAGUUUUGAUCACAUUAAAGAUGCUGUCACAGAUAAACAUGUGGUACCACUGAAAUCAUUGGGAGGCAGAACAUCCAAAAGGAAGAAAAUUGAGGAAGAAAGUGAGGAUGAAAGAAACUGCCCCCAGGCCUCUUUUGAUAAAGAAAAUGCCUUUCCUUUUUUACUGGAUAGUCAUUCUUCCGUGAAUGGAGACUAUGUGAUGGAUAAACCUCUCGAUCUGUCUGAUCGAUUUUCAGCUCUUCAGCGUCAAGAGAAAAGCCAAGGAAGUGAGACCUCUAAAGUCAGACUUAGGCAAGUGACUCUCUGUGAGGCCUUGAAGCCCAUUCCAAAGGGCUGUUCCUCAAGCCAAAAGACCUUGAGCGGGAGCUGUAUAUUAACCAAAGAUUCCCCAGGGGAGCCCUGUUUACAGGAGUGUGUCUUCCAGUCCUCGGGUAAAUCAUCUCCAGAUAAUAAAACACCAGUACAAAUCAAGGAAGAAAAGCCCAUCUUUAAAAUCCCUCUACGUCCACGGGAAAGCCUAGAGACAGAGAAUCUUUUCGAUGAUGUGAAGGGAGCUGAUUCUCAUGAGCCAGUAAGAAUAGCCAGGUCAAUCCAUGGAGCAUGUGAACUUACAUCCGUUCUCCAGUUAAAUCCAUGUAGAGUUGCUAAAACAAAGCCUGUACAAAAUAAUCAAGAUGUAUCCUUUGAAAAUAACCAGUGGAGCAUAGAUCCAGGAGCAGACCUUUCUCAAUAUAAAAUGGAUAUUACUGUAAUAGAUACAAAGGAUGGCAGUCAGUCACGAUUAGCAGGAGGAGAGACAGUGGACAUGGACUGCACAUUGGUUAGUGAAACUGUGCUUUUAAAAAUGAAGAAGCAAGAACAAAAGGGAGAGAAAAGUCCAGAUGGAGAAAGAAAAAUGAAUGAUAGCUUAGAAGAUAUGUUUGAUCGGACAACACAUGAAGAAUAUGAAUCCUGUUUGGCAGAUAGCUUCCCCCAGGCAGCAGCUGAAGAAGAGGAAUUGUCAACUACCACUAAAAAAUCAAACACUCAUAGUGAUAAACAAGAUAAAGUCAAACAGAAAGCAUUUGUGGAGCCAUAUUUUAAAGAUGAUGAAAGAGAGACUAGCUUACAAAAUUUUCCUCAUAUUGAGGUAGUUCGGAAAAAAGAAGAGAGAAGGAAAUUGCUUGGACACACAUGUAAAGAAUGUGAAAUUUAUUAUGCAGAUAUUCCAGCGGAAGAAAGAGAAAAGAAGCUGGCUUCCUGUUCAAGACACCGAUUCCGCUACAUUCCACCCAACACACCAGAGAAUUUCUGGGAAGUUGGUUUUCCUUCCACUCAGACGUGUAUGGAAAGAGGUUACAUUAAGGAAGAUCUUGAUCCUUGUCCUCGUCCCAAAAGACGGCAGCCUUACAAUGCAAUGUUUUCUCCAAAAGGCAAGGAACAGAAGACAUAGAUGUUGACACAAAAACAGGAUGGAGGACAGUGUUUCUUUUUAGUUAUUUAUAGUUAAAGUUGGUAUUAAACACUGAUUUUUCUGA